UGAGUGGGGAAGGGGAGUGAGCCGAGGAGCUUACGUCGCGCGGGAGGCGGAGGCGACGGCGACCUCGGUGGCUGUAGCGGUGGAGGCGGCUACGACCGAGACGGUUGCGCUUGUUCUCUCGGCGUCAUGGCGGCUGCUGGGAGCCGAUAAGCGGCGGGAGCGCGCGCGUGGCCGCUGGGGCGACGACGACUGCCGAUCACUUCUUGAUCUUGCUGCCCUCUCCGUUGGUGCUUCAAUAAUGAAUUGAUUGUUGGAUCAGCUCCGUAGGGGAUCGCGCUUGGUGCCGCCGGCCGGGGCUCCCCUUUUGCUCUGCGUCCUUCCCCUUCCCCCUCCCCUUCACGGACUCCUGCUAACCCCCAGGCACCCGGAGCCUGAGGACUCACUCGGCUGAGGAGACCGCGGGCCGGGCGCAGCGGAGGCCGCCGAUCCGAGUCGGCUUCCUCCGCCCCGCGAAUCGUGCACGCUAGCCGGUGAAUCAAAAAGGCUCCAGGAGACCUGUUAAUGUUGAAGAAAACUCAUCUGAAUUUUUGAUAUUCAAGGAGUCAGUAUUUAUAUUCAUCUUUUAAACUGGGAAGAUUUAUAUUUCAUUUCAAAACUUGUUGAUAUUUACAAUGAAUGGACAUAGUGAUGAAGAAAGUGUUAGAAACAGUAGUGGAGAAUCAAGCCAGUCGGAUGAUGAUUCUGGGUCAGCUUCAGGCUCUGGAUCUGGUUCAAGUUCUGGAAGCACUAGUGAUGGGAGCAGUAGCCAGUCAGGUAGCAGCGACUCUGACUCUGGAUCUGAAUCGGGCAGUCAGUCAGAGUCUGAGUCAGAUACAUCCCGAGAAAACAAAGUUCAAGCAAAACCACCAAAAGUUGAUGGAGCUGAGUUUUGGAAAUCUAGCCCUAGUAUUUUGGCUGUUCAGAGAUCGGCAAUGCUCAAGAAGCAGCAGCAACAGCAGCAGCAGCAACAGCAACAGCAGCAUCAAGCUUCAUCUAAUAGUGGAUCAGAAGAGGAUUCUUCUAGCAGUGAAGAUUCUGAUGACACAAGUGAGGUCAAAAGGAAAAAGCAUAAAGAUGAAGAUUGGCAAAUGUCUGGGUCAGGAUCUCCAUCUCAGAGUGGUUCAGAUUCUGAAUCUGAAGAAGAAAGAGAUAAAAGCAGUUGUGAUGAAACAGAAUCUGAUUAUGAGCCAAAAAACAAAGUUAAAAGCAGAAAACCUCAAAAUAGAUCUAAGUCAAAAAAUGGAAAAAAGAUUCUUGGACAAAAAAAGAGACAGAUUGAUUCAUCUGAGGAGGAUUAUGAUGAAGACUAUGAUAAUGAUAAAAGAAGUUCUCGUCGUCAAGCAACUGUCAAUGUGAGCUAUAAGGAAGAUGAAGAAAUGAAAACAGAUUCUGAUGACCUACUUGAAGUCUGUGGAGAGGAUGUUCCUCAACCUGAGGAAGAGGAAUUUGAAACAAUUGAACGGUUUAUGGAUUGUCGGAUUGGGAGAAAAGGAGCUACUGGUGCUACUACAACAAUCUAUGCAGUUGAAGCAGAUGGUGACCCAAAUGCAGGAUUUGAAAAAAACAAAGAACCAGGAGAAAUCCAGUAUUUAAUUAAAUGGAAAGGAUGGUCCCAUAUUCACAAUACUUGGGAGACAGAAGAAACCCUGAAGCAGCAGAAUGUUAGAGGAAUGAAAAAAUUGGAUAAUUAUAAGAAAAAAGAUCAGGAAACAAAAAGAUGGUUGAAAAAUGCUUCUCCGGAAGAUGUGGAAUAUUAUAAUUGCCAGCAAGAACUUACAGAUGACCUGCAUAAACAGUAUCAAAUAGUGGAGCGAAUAAUUGCUCAUUCCAAUCAAAAGUCAGCAGCUGGGUAUCCUGAUUAUUAUUGUAAAUGGCAGGGCCUUCCAUACUCAGAGUGCAGCUGGGAGGAUGGUGCUCUCAUUUCCAAAAAGUUUCAAGCAUGUAUAGAUGAGUAUUUUAGCAGGAAUCAAUCAAAAACCACUCCUUUUAAAGAUUGCAAAGUAUUAAAACAAAGGCCAAGAUUUGUAGCCCUAAAAAAGCAGCCAUCCUAUAUUGGAGGACAUGAGGGUUUAGAAUUAAGAGAUUAUCAACUGAAUGGUUUAAAUUGGCUUGCUCACUCUUGGUGCAAAGGAAAUAGUUGCAUACUUGCUGAUGAAAUGGGCCUUGGAAAAACAAUACAGACGAUCUCAUUUCUGAACUAUUUGUUUCAUGAACAUCAAUUAUAUGGGCCUUUUCUGUUAGUAGUACCACUCUCCACUCUAACUUCCUGGCAAAGGGAGAUUCAGACAUGGGCUUCUCAAAUGAAUGCUGUGGUUUAUUUAGGUGACAUUAACAGCAGAAACAUGAUAAGAACUCAUGAAUGGAUGCAUCCCCAGACCAAACGGUUAAAAUUUAAUAUACUGUUAACAACUUACGAAAUUUUAUUAAAGGAUAAGGCAUUCCUUGGAGGUCUAAAUUGGGCAUUUAUAGGUGUAGAUGAAGCACAUCGCUUAAAGAAUGAUGAUUCUCUUCUGUACAAAACUUUAAUAGACUUUAAGUCCAAUCACCGUCUUCUUAUCACGGGAACUCCUCUACAAAACUCCCUCAAAGAGCUUUGGUCUUUGCUUCAUUUCAUUAUGCCCGAAAAGUUUUCUUCCUGGGAAGAUUUUGAAGAAGAACAUGGCAAAGGUAGAGAAUAUGGUUAUGCAAGCCUCCACAAGGAACUUGAGCCGUUUCUGUUACGCAGAGUUAAAAAAGAUGUGGAAAAAUCGCUUCCUGCCAAGGUUGAGCAGAUUUUAAGAAUGGAAAUGAGUGCUUUACAGAAACAGUAUUACAAAUGGAUACUAACCAGGAAUUAUAAAGCCCUCAGCAAAGGUUCCAAGGGCAGUACCUCAGGCUUUUUGAACAUUAUGAUGGAGCUGAAGAAAUGUUGUAAUCACUGCUACCUCAUUAAACCACCAGACAAUAAUGAAUUCUAUAAUAAACAGGAGGCCUUACAACACUUAAUCCGUAGUAGCGGAAAAUUGAUUCUUCUUGACAAGCUGUUAAUUCGCCUAAGAGAAAGAGGCAAUAGAGUUCUUAUUUUUUCUCAAAUGGUGCGGAUGUUAGAUAUACUUGCAGAAUAUUUGAAAUACCGUCAAUUCCCCUUUCAAAGAUUAGAUGGAUCAAUAAAGGGGGAAUUGAGGAAACAAGCUUUAGAUCAUUUUAAUGCAGAAGGAUCAGAGGAUUUCUGCUUUUUGCUUUCCACAAGAGCUGGAGGUCUAGGAAUUAAUUUAGCUUCUGCUGACACUGUUGUUAUAUUUGAUUCUGAUUGGAAUCCACAAAAUGAUCUUCAGGCACAGGCUAGAGCUCAUCGAAUCGGGCAGAAGAAACAGGUAAAUAUUUAUCGUCUAGUUACAAAGGGAUCAGUGGAAGAGGAUAUUCUUGAAAGGGCCAAAAAGAAGAUGGUAUUAGAUCAUCUUGUGAUUCAAAGAAUGGACACAACUGGGAAGACAGUACUACACACAGGUUCUGCCCCCUCAAGUUCUACUCCUUUCAAUAAAGAAGAGUUAUCUGCCAUUUUAAAAUUUGGUGCUGAGGAACUUUUUAAGGAACCAGAAGGAGAAGAACAAGAACCCCAGGAAAUGGAUAUAGAUGAAAUCUUAAAGAGGGCUGAAACUCAUGAAAAUGAACCAGGCCCUUUAACUGUAGGAGAUGAAUUACUUUCCCAGUUCAAGGUUGCCAACUUUUCCAACAUGGAUGAGGAUGACAUUGAGUUGGAACCUGAAAGAAAUUCAAAAAACUGGGAAGAAAUCAUUCCAGAAGAUCAAAGGAGACGAUUAGAAGAGGAAGAAAGACAAAAAGAACUCGAAGAAAUUUAUAUGCUUCCAAGAAUGAGAAACUGUGCUAAACAGGUUAGUUUCAAUGGAAGUGAAGGGAGGCGCAGUAGAAGUAGGAGGUACUCCGGAUCUGAUAGUGAUUCAGUCUCGGAAAGGAAAAGGCCAAAGAAACGUGGAAGACCACGGACUAUCCCUCGAGAGAAUAUUAAAGGAUUUAGUGAUGCAGAAAUUCGGCGGUUUAUCAAGAGUUACAAGAAAUUUGGUGGCCCUCUGGAAAGAUUAGAUGCAAUUGCUCGAGAUGCUGAACUAGUCGAUAAGUCAGAAACAGACCUAAGACGACUAGGAGAAUUGGUACAUAAUGGUUGCAUUAAAGCUUUAAAGGAUAAUUCUUCAGGAACAGAACGGACAGGUGGUAGACUUGGAAAAGUAAAGGGUCCAACAUUCCGAAUAUCAGGAGUGCAGGUGAAUGCCAAGCUAGUCAUCUCCCAUGAAGAAGAAUUAAUACCAUUGCACAAAUCCAUUCCUUCAGAUCCAGAGGAAAGAAAGCAGUAUACUGUCCCAUGCCAUACAAAGGCAGCUCAUUUUGAUAUAGACUGGGGCAAAGAAGAUGAUUCCAAUUUAUUAAUUGGUAUAUACGAAUACGGAUAUGGGAGCUGGGAAAUGAUUAAAAUGGAUCCUGACCUCAGUCUGACGCACAAGAUUCUUCCUGAUGAUCCUGAUAAAAAACCACAAGCAAAACAGUUGCAGACACGUGCAGACUACCUCAUCAAAUUGCUUAGUAAAGAUCUUGCAAGAAAAGAAGCUCAGAGACUUUCUGGUGUGGGAGGUUCAAAAAGGAGAAAAGCUAGAGCCAAGAAGAAUAAAGCAAUGAAGUCUAUAAAAGUCAAAGAGGAAAUAAAGAGCGAUUCUUCUCCUCUCCCCUCAGAAAAGUCUGAUGAAGAUGAUAAGGAUGAGAUCACUUCUGUGAAACAUCCAAAUAAAAAAAUUAAAACAGAAAGAGACAGUGAAGAAAAACCUGAGCCAGAUGUUUGUAUAAAGAAGGAACCAGAAGAAAAGAGGGAAGCAAAAGAAAAGGAAAGUAAAAGAGAACUUAAAAGGGAGAUAAAAGAAAAAGAGGAUAAGAAAGAUAUAAAAGAAAAAGAUUUUAAAGAAAAAAGAGAAAACAAAAUAAAAGAAGUUAUAGAAGCUAUGCAGAAAGAAAAAGACAUAAAGGAAGAAAAGUUGAGUGAAUCUAAGUCUGAUAGCAAGGAAAAAUCCAAGAAAUCUUCAGUGUCAGAUGCUCUAGUUCAUAUCACUGCAAGUGGUGAACCAGUUCCCAUAUCUGAAGAAUCUGAAGAACUGGAUCAGAAGACAUUCAGCAUUUGUAAAGAAAGAAUGAGGCCUGUCAAAGCAGCUUUGAAACAACUUGAUAGGCCUGAGAAAGGCCUUUCAGAAAGAGAACAACUAGAGCAUACUAGACAAUGUUUAAUAAAAAUUGGAGACCAUAUCACGGAAUGUCUGAAAGAGUAUACAAACCCUGAACAAAUCAAACAGUGGAGAAAAAACCUGUGGAUUUUCGUAUCUAAGUUUACUGAGUUUGAUGCAAGAAAAUUGCAUAAACUAUAUAAGCACGCUAUUAAAAAACGGCAGGAAUCUCAGCAAAAUAACGACCAGAACAGCAACUUGAAUGCUCAAGUGAUUAGAAAUCCAGAAGUGGAAAGAUUAAAAGAGAAUACAAAUCAUGAUGAUAGCAGCAGGGACAGUUAUUCUUCUGACAGACACUUAUCUCAGUAUCAUGAUCAUCAUAAAGACCGACAUCAGGGAGAUUCUUACAAAAAGAGUGACUCCAGGAAAAGACCCUAUUCCUCUUUUAGUAAUGGCAAAGAUCAUCGUGACUGGGAUCACUACAAGCAAGACAGCAGAUACUACAGUGAUAGAGAGAAACACAGAAAAUUGGAUGAUCACAGGAAUAGAGAUCACAGGUCAAAUUUGGAAGGAAGUUUAAAAGAUAGAUCUCAUUCAGAUCAUCGCUCUCAUUCAGAUCAUCGCUCUCAUUCAGAUCAUCGGUCAAGCUCUGAAUAUACACAUCAUAAAUCUUCCAGGGAUUAUAGGUAUCACUCAGAUUGGCAAAUGGACCACAGAGCUUCCAGUAGUGGGCCUAGAUCACCACUAGAUCAGAGGUCUCCUUAUGGCUCCAGAUCUCCAUUUGAACACUCAAUUGAACACAAAAGUACACCUGAGCAUACCUGGAGUAAUCGGAAAACAUAACAAAAACUGAUGUGUUGUCUUUCUGGACUUUUCUUUUAGCCAUAUAUCAUAAACCAACACAGUAAUUGCCUUACAUGACUUGAAAGAUAUAAACAGAUCUUCUAUCAGUAGCAGUAUUGUUACUUCUUUCCAGGAUGCAAGGUCUAUUAUCCCAACAGAAGAGAAAAUAUUUUUAUAUUUAAGGAUUAUGCUGCACUGUACUACAAAUAUUGUAGUACAUUUUUUUUUCUUUUUUAAAGAAAUUGAAAAUGUUUACUAUUACAGGGACCUCAACACUGCCCUUCCAUAUAGGCUGGAUAAAACUGUUUUUAAGUCAGUGGUUUUAGACUGACCUCCAUUUAAAUUAUGUUUGUAUAUGAACUUUACUCUGACCUGUGAUCAUGUUUCAGGAAGGAAUGAAAGAGAGUUCUUUUCUUAAUAAAGAAAAAACACUCAAGGAUUUUGUUCACUUUCCAAAGCUACUUGUUUACAUUGUACACUGCGACCACCUUGCCGCUUUUCAUCACAAGCUUGAAUAUUUAAAUUCUGUACUUAUAUCUGUAAAAUAGCCAGGAACUUCCUGUUUGUGAUCUAUUAUUAUGCCUUUUUACAUACACAAAAAAAUGACUGUAAAUUAUUGUAAAUAGAUUAAAUGAGCUUUCCUUCCUUCCCUUUCUCAGGCUUUUUUUGACUGUUCCUUUCCCUACCAACUCAGGCCUUCUUAUUGUUUAAAAAAAUCAGUGUAAUAACACUUUUUAAUGAUUUGUCUUGAUGGAAUCAUUGUUUAGAAUGUAAAAAAUGGGGAAAGGGGCCACCUAAUUCCAUUAGUCCUCAUUUUAUAUUGACUAUUUUAUUAAAUACAUGUUAUUUUUUUUCCUUUUUA